CAAACAAUAGUACGGCAAAAAAAGACGAGAACACGAGUUUAAAAUUGGUGAUACGGUCUUCACCCACAACGGAAACAGAAUGAAUAGAAAUAAGCUGGAAGAAAUUAGGAAAGGACCUUUCAAAAUUUUGAGAAAGAUUUCAAACUCUAUAUAUGAAGUGGAUAACGGUAACCGGAGAUCUGAAGGGAAUUUCUUCAAACUGGCCCGGAAAAACGACCGAACAGAAAGGAAGUCGAUCGAAGAGCUUCCGUUCCAACAGCUUCGACGUGUCGACAUUGCACGGAGCUAAAAGUAAGCUUAGCGGAUCCUCGAAAGCCGCUAUUUCGACCUUUAUGGCACCGUCGAAUUGGUUCACGAAGAGACACCAACCGAUGUCGAAGAAGCCGGAAGAUUUGGUAACGGCCAGUUUAAGUCUCAAGUUGGAUAAAUCGAAGGUAGUGAAGGCGGUGAAGUCGUAUGGGACAAACACAAAGUCGUAUGGGACAACACUAGUGGAACCAAAGUGGACGCUCAGAACGAAGCUCAUUCUCUGGAGUGAAACUUUUAGUUUCUCUUUCUUACGCGAUAAAGGAGAGGUAUUUGGUAGCGCAAUUGAGAAGAUGUUAACGGCGCAAAAGGGAAACGAUACGGGGGCUUCCGGGUCGAGCGGAAAGCCCUCGGUAUCUCCGAACAAACCAAUGUCAGGCAAAGCGACAAAUUGGUUUUCAAAUACCAAGAAUCAAAAUCGGAAUCAGACGGAAUCCAGCGAACCGUCUCUCUGUUCUUCCCUAAAGGACCUAUUCAACAAUUAAUGGGGAAGAACAAAUGCUAAUAAAUGUUAAGUGUCUCUAGUUU